AGCAGCAGCAGCAGCAAAAACCUGUCGGUCUGUCUGAUCUGAACUGUAGAAAAGACCUGUGCCAGCUCGUUGACGCGCGAGAAGAACGCGGGACUUAUCACGUAAUAGAAGUUGAGCGUCCUGCGCCUACUCUAUCAGAUACCUGGAGCACGUUAGCGGUCAUUCACGUCUUGGCCUCGCAGCCAGCCAAGCAGUCUCAGAUAUUCACCGAAAUGAAGUUCCCACUACCUCGAAACAUCUUCCCCACCCUGGAGAUGCCGCUCGAUGAGGCUGAAGCUCUCGAAGCAUACGCUACCAGCGUAGUGCGUGAAACGCGCGACUACUACCACAACUUCUUGACGACAGGUCAUGGACAGGUCGAUACGAGAGAGUGGAAGAAGCUGAAGCAGCACGACAAGUUUACACUCUACAAGCAGUACGGGGUGGCGGCAGCCGAACGGAGAAGCGCAUCGAGGCUGCGAGACCCUCAACGCGGCAAUGAGGUGGUACCCCUCAUGCUGGCAGUGGGGAGUCUCGAUGGUACCGUCGAGGACUGUAUGCUCGGUCUACGGACGCCUACAGGUCGCAGUAUGCAGCUCAAAAGCGCCAUCGUCGAGGACGGAUACGUCGAUUGGGCUGUUUUGAGUCAGCUCGUUAAACCCACGCCGUCUCAGCCGUUCCACGAGAUCGCUGUAAAGUGGGCUGUAAAAGCUCAUCCAUUCUUAGUCGGGGCGGUAAUGAGAGUACGAGACAUUGUGUACCUCGAGACGACGGGGUUUACUACGAUCACGGGGCCCGAUGGCCGGAAACAACCGCUCGGAUACCACUUGAAACAUUCCAUCGACCUCCCGGAAGUUCGCGAACUCACGGAGUUCAACAUCGUGCGCGCAAAACUAUCCUACUGCUACUUGUACCGACAACGCUCUGAACGUCAGGUGGACGUCUUCCUGCGAGGCUUCGUAUGUGCCAUGGGUGAAGCACCGGAAUCUCUGGUCGUGUCCACCGUCACAGAGAUCGUCAUGUCCAUCCCAAAGAACCUCGAGUGUGCGAAGAUGUAUAAGCUGGCAUACCUCCUCAAACACUCUAUUCCUCCCGUAAAACGCCAAGAAGACUGUAAAACGUGUUCCUUAUGCAACCGCACCGUUAAACCGGCGGCACCGGGGGAUAUUCACAAGAUCUGUUGCGUGUGUUGCGCACGGGUGUGUUCGAAUUGCCGCGUGGUUCACAAGAUGGCCAAGAUAUCACCGUAUAAGCCGGGUGUCAUCUCAGAGAAGAUGACAGUCUGCGUACGCUGUACUCGCACAGCAUCGGACCUCAGUGCUUCUCUAGUGGCUGCUCACUCGGUACGAGAAAUGGACUCGGAGACCUUACCUGAACACGACGUUCUGCUCUGGAAUAUUGACGUCACCAGCUCGAAUUCGCAGUCGUCUUCCGCACACAGUAACAAAGACCUUACUACCCCGUAAUCGUUAGCGAUCAAUACCGUAAUUGAAGCGAUUUAUUGCUUGCCCACUGCAGAGCGCUAUCCUCUUCUUUUGCAAUAACGGAAGUUUCUUGUAUGUUGAAGUGAUCUUCCUUGUUGAAGUGAGCC